AUGGCCUGGAAAAUGAAUGCUGCUUCAUUCAGCUCUCUCGCGGUCUUCUUCACCUCCAUGCUUUUUCUCCUGCUUGUGUGCUCUCGCUUGCACUUUUCAGAAGCUCAGUCCUCGGCUCAAAUCGUGAGCGGCUUUUCCUGGACCUUCUAUGAGUCCAGCUGUCCUAAGCUCGAAGACAUCAUCCAGAAACGCCUCAAUAAUGUCUUCGAUGAUGACAUCGGCCAAGCUGCCGGCAUCCUCCGCCUCCACUUCCAUGAUUGCUUUGUUCUGGUCUAUUUCACUUCGCUUUGCAGAUCUGAUUUCGGAUCAUUGAUUUCGGCAUGGAUCAUCAGGACAAUAAUUGUGAAGCUUAAUUUUGCUUUGCCUUUUCCUCUCCAGUGGGCCAAGACUGAGCAGGACACUCCUCCGAACCUGAGCCUAAGAGCAGAGGCGUUCAAGAUCAUCAACGAUCUUCGAGAGCGCGUCCACAAGAAGUGCGGCCAAGUCGUCUCCUGCGCCGACAUCACUGCCUUCGCUGCUCGCGACGCCGUUUACCUGGUCAAUUUCUUCCAAACAUGA